UCCAAGGGUGACGGAGGGGGCCUCUGUGUUGGUGACAUCACUAUCAGGGAGGAUCUGAAUGGACAGGAAAGUCAAUUAGAGUUUAACUGAGUUUACCAGCUGGAGAGAGAGAGAGAGAGAGAGAGAGAGAGAGAGAGAGGAAAAAGGGGGAGGAGAGUGAAAAAGAGAAGAGAGAGACAGAGGAAAGGAGAGACGCAGCUACAAAACCAGGGUAUUUUGCCGGCGAGUGAAAAGUUUAUGCUCGUUGCUCGGGUUUCCUCUGCUGUCCGGAUCAGGCUGGUCAGGAAGGCAGCAGAGCUCCAGCACACAGAGGAACACCGGUGGAUAUUUUUUAUGCAAAGCUGACAACAGGAUGAGUGUGUGAGCACACAAGGUCAGCCGUCUGUCCAUCCGCCUGUCUGUCUGUCCAUCCAUCAUCCCUCCAUCCUCGGCCUCAGCAUGAAGUCGAGCCCCGCGCUGCCCCACGACCUCCGACACACACCCUGAGCGAGACACAGAGCUGAGCCACAGCGCUGACGAGUCCACGAGAGGCGAAGGUGUGUAACGCUGGAGCUCAAGGACAAACCAUGGACUCUGCAGACCAACCACCACACCUGGGCGUCCAAAAUGUUCCUUGCUAGUCUUCUGGUUCUGAUGACCCUGCUGCUACCUCCAGCCUUGUCAGGUCACCAGGGGGAUUCCGCUCACUCUGAUGGGAACCCAGGAAUCUCUCUAGAGCCCAGUUUGGCCCAGACCAUCCAGAACCUUCUCUUGACCCGACUGGGCCUACAGUCCUCUCCUAACCCUCGCCCAGGAGCAGUGGUACCUCAGUAUCUCCUGGACCUCUAUCGCUUCCACACACAGCAGUACCACCUAGUAGAAGAUCCAGAUUUCAGCUUUCCUGUGGAGCAUGUACAAGGCGCUAACACGGUCCGCAGCUUCCACCAUGCAGUGUCUUCAGACCUUCACAGCCCUGUUGAGAAGAGUGACAGCAUCCAUAUAGCUUUUAACCUGUCCUCUAUUCCUUCCUAUGAGAAUGUGGUCUCAGCAGAGCUGCGUUUUCUGCGUGGAGGAACACACAGGGGUUCAAAACCUCACACUGUCAGCCUGUAUGCCUCUGGUGGCAACACUGAGCCCAAACUUCUCCAUUCACGACAGCUAGUUAGAGAGUCCUCGGGGUCUUGGGAGGCCUUUCCUCUGAAUGCAGAACUGUUUCAGCAGGUGUCCGAUGCAGGGAAAGUGGCCUUUAUCUUGGAAGUGACCUCAGAUAAUAGCAGUAACACUGUGGAGGACAUGGACUCAGAGGGACACUUGAGAGUGCGCAGGUCUGCAGGUGAAGAUGACUACAGCUGGGCACGGCAGAGACCACUCCUGGUCACUUACAGCCAUGAUGGGCGCAGUGAACCUCUCAUUCCCUUCGGAAAGAAGAAAACCCCCAGGGGUAGGAGGGGAGGUAACAGGGCUAAAAACCUCAGAGGUCAGGGGUCACAGGUAAGCUGGCGUGAUGUGUGGACAGACAGGCGGGUGAAGCGGAAUAACGGUGGUCGAGCAGCUAAGCUGAAACGCCUGUCUCGCUCUCGAUGCCGCCGCCAUCCCCUCUACGUGGACUUCAAAGACGUCGGGUGGAACAAAUGGAUCGUAGCACCGACUGGUUAUGACGCCUUCUUCUGUCUGGGUGAGUGCCGCUUUCCCCUCGCCGACCACAUGAACUCGUCCAGCCACGCCAUGGUGCAGACACUGCUGAACUCGGUUAAUGGAGCUGUGCCUCGAGCCUGCUGUGUGCCCACGGCCCUCAGUCCCAUCGCACUCCUUUAUCUGGACCAGGAAGAUCACGUGGUGCUGAAAAACUAUCAGGAUAUGGUAGUGGAGGGCUGCGGCUGCCGGUAGCAAGGGAUAGAUAAAAAGGCAAAAAGCAUGAAAACCUGGAAGAGCAAGCAGAUGAAAAAAAAAGAAAUAUCACAUUCUAUAAAUCCUUAAAGGAACCUUUAGGGACUUUCCCACAAACCUCUAGCGCCAAGCUUUAAAUUCCUGUCUUGUAGUGGUGCAUUGCUUUGUUCACAAAGCAGCGCAAAUCUGAUUUAUUUCUUAAAUCCAAUUUUUAGAUUCUCAGGGCUGAAUAUAUUUAUGUGCGCUCGCAAUGCAUCGAAGUUCAUUUUAAAAGGCUGUAGCUAAUCACUAAUCAAAUCGCUAAUCAGUGUGCCUGGGACGAUAAUAUGUAAUCAGUCCCACUUCCAAAAAUCCCGCCCUCGUUACACAAUCCGCCCAAAUUCCCAAAAAUCCAGUUUUAAUAUACAAACACCAUUUGUUUUUUUUUUAAUAAUCCCACACUUGUGUUGUAUCUUGACUUGCCUUCAUGAUCGCAUUAGUCUAUGUUUUUGUUCUCGAUUCUAAUUUCUAAUCUCAACAAGCGAUCCACACAAAAUUCCUCCCAAAAAUAAAAACGAAAUUAAUUUAAUUCAAUUCACUUUUAUUUGUACAGCACGAUUUUAACAGUAGACCUUUACAGAAAUGUAGAUUUAUACUGAGAUAAUCAGAAACCUUCAGCAGUCACAUACACACCUUCAAAACACUUACAAACGGGUGUAACACAUCGCCACUAUCCCUAUCUGUAUCUGGGUUUAAACCCAAAGUGGGUGUGGCCUAAAGAGAAAGGUAUUUUUUUCUUUUUUUUUUUUGAACUCUAGCACUCCGCCCUAAAAAACACUGGAACAGUGGUGUGUGAAUUGCGGCUCUGAUGCUUCCUCAACCUAAUCGCUCUUGACUAGAGAUGUGUGUGUGGGGCUGCUUUUAUAAUCCCACUCACAGCGUUAGCAUUUUUGUUUUUUUUUGUAGCCUGCCAUAUCUUCUAACCAGGGCUGAGUUUCCCAAAAGCAUUGCAAAGUUAACAUUAUCUUCACUGGGUGAGAGAGUGUUCAGUGUGAUGCUCGCUCUACCAUUUAGUGAUGAUCUUUGUGUCUCAGGGAAACUCAACCCAGUUUAGUUAAUAUAAACAAACUAGUAGUGUAAUUUAAACCACUGUGACACUGACUAGGCAGUUACUAAGGAUGAAUCAGUGAAGGCUGUAAAUACAUCACACAGCACCGCACACUCAUAUUAACGCUCACAUUAACGCUCACAUUAACGCUCGUGUUAACGUUUGUGGUCUUUGUUCGUCCUGUGAGCUUCACAUCUGACUGCUCACUCGUGACCACAUGAAAACAAAAACCUCCAGCUCGCGUGAACUUUUGUUGAGAUCCCAGUCCUGAUACACUCCUCCAGUCUCACUCAGAUGCCCUGUGAAGCUUUCUGACAUCUGACAAACUUUCUAAAAAAAAAAAGUGCACCUCCUAUUUGGAGUCUGUAUUGCGUCUGUUUAGAACACAUUACCUUCUGAAUGAUGUAACAUCAAACACGUUAAAAAUCUGAUUUGAGCUGCUUGUCUGAACAAAGACGAUGUCUCUGUGUGUGUGCUGUCCUGCUCACGGCUCGUCCAGCUUCCUGCUCUGUGCUGUAAAAAUGACUGCAGCUCUAUUCGUCUCAGUCUCUAUUUGUCUGCCUUGUUGUGUACUUCCUGUUCCUGUUUCGCACCUUCUUCUUCCUCUCAGUAGCGUCAGGUCACUUCAGUGGAAACAUGGAGCUUCUCGAUAAAGGACACUAGACGCUUUGAUGGACUUCAACUUGAAAAGAAGCCACAUGUCAAGUUCACUAUUCGCAGAUAAUCUUCCAGUGGAUGUGCAAUUACAGAAAAGACUGGAACACAAGCACUUCUCACCAGAAAAUAUUUUAGUAAACCUGACACUAAUUUUGAGUAACUAUCCUAUUGUUUGAAUGUAUUCGUGUUAUUAUUAUUAUUAUUAUUAUUAUUAUUAUUAUUAUUAUUAUUUAUGGUGUUAUGUUAAUUUACCUUGCAGUCAAAGAAAACGUCACAGUUGCUAAACAAAUACUAUCGUAAAGUAAAUCUAAUUUAAGAGAGCAUAUAUAUCUGUAUGUGUAUCUAUUUAAAUAAUAAAUACAUAUUUAAUCUUGACAAAUAUUCCAGAUCCUCACAAAUACACUGAAGGUCAUGUGUUCAUUUCUGUAUGAAACCGAGUCGUCGAAUCUUCGUAGUUUCCCGUAAUGUCCAGCUAUAAAACAAUGACCGCUGUCUCAGCAUGUCGAGUUUAGCUACAAUAUCACACAAGCGUACAAGUAUCUGUUCCGCCAAACGCAGUCCUGAAAUUGUGUUACAGUGAAACAGUGAAACAGUGAAACAGUUCUCAUCAAAUCGUACAUCUGUCUUUAAAAAAAAAAAAAAAGUGAAAUAUUUCAAGUGGAAAAAAAGUCGAACUCCCCGCUGGUGCAGGAUGUUCAGGUCAUUAAAAUGUCCGGAUGAUUUCCUGAUUAACGCUUCACCACUGCGAUGCCUCCGAGCUGCUUUUACACAACCGUCUGUGGAAAUGAUGUCUAAUGUCUGAAGAUGUGAAAUGCAGAAAAUAAAAAUAAACAGAAAACUGAUCACA